AUUUCACAUUUAUAUUCUAGUUAUAUUUUAGAUAAUAUAUAAUGAUUUAAUGAUUAAUUAUUCACCCUAAAUAAUAAAUAUUGAAGAUGCCAAGAAAGAAGUGCAUUAAUAUUAGUCCAAGUGAAGAGGUAUUGUUCAUGAAAAAGUUAGCAGAGGAAAAGAGAAAAUGUCGACUACAACAGGUUCGAGAGCAAGAAAAGCAUGCAUCGCUUGUGCUUCGUGAAAAGGUAAAGAAAAGAAAAGAGCGAGAACUUAAAAAGAUAGCGAUGGUUUUACAGGGAGAAUUUGAUGAGAAGAAAGAAGAAGAAGAAAAACACUUACUUUGUGAACUAGAAAGACGAUUGAGACAAAUCGGGGAAGGACAUAAAGUACAUGACAAGGAAAAUUAUGGUGAAAUAAAAAAUCUAUCAGCUAAUUUAAAGAGAAACAUCUCAAGACGUUACAAACAUGCAAUAAACAAGGUAUUGAGUGAACGACAAGAAGAAAAUGCAAAACAACACAAACUUCAGUUGUUAAGGGACCAAAUUCGUAUAAUGGAGGAAGAGAGGAAACAAAAAAUUGUAUCACUACCAAAACAACCUGCUGAUCCAAUCAUGAGCAUCCAACCAGUAAAAGUUGUCAGUUCGUUUACAAAACAAGGUAUGUUGGAAUCAUUUUCAUACACACACCAUCAUCUGGCGUCAUUCGAUUCAGAAUCUGGUCCAACAAUGGUCGUUGAGAAAGCAUGUGGAGAAGAACAGAUAGAUGCGCGACUUGCAGCGAAUGAUGAAGAACAAAGAACACAGUCUAUCAAAGAGCAACAAGCAAGAGAAAUAGAAGAGCGAAAAGAGAAUGCUGAACUCCGUCAUGAUCAUGCAAGAAAAGAAGUUAUACUAAAACAGCAAAAAGUAUCUCUGAUGGAAGAAUUGGAAAAUUUAGAACUUAAAGACAGACAUAGAAGACGUGAGAUAGUGGCUGACAUUCCGAAAAAAGUGUUUCAACCUCCAUAUCAAAGGAUCGAAGAUGGAAAGUCGAAACAGUUCAGCCUUGAGCAAGCCUUUGAGAAGGUUUAUAAUGUUAAAUCUGAAGAUGCAUUUGAUAAAUAUUACAACAAUAUAAGUGAGCUUGGUAACUCCAAUGUCGAAGGAGCAUCAACUGCAAAUGAAUCGGGAUUGGCGCUAGUUGAGACAGCUAAACAUGCUACAAAUGAAAUCUCAAGUAGCGAGGCCUCCCAUCCUGCUCAUUUACAAAAAGAUCAGAGUAAAUUGGAGAGAUUAAGAACACGAAUAAAACAACAGCACCAGCAGAGUCGUAAAAGUCAACAGCUUGAAAAAACAACACCAGGUGGGUUGCGAGCAAGCUUGAAUGUGGAUAGUUUACAAUCUAUGAACAUUGAAUCUGCGUAUGAAAGUAUUCAGACGAAAAUGUCGUCAUCACGCACGGUUACACCAGAUUCUGCAACAGACACUGACCUUCAGUCUGAAGAUAAGACUACACCCAGUGUGGAGGUAUCAGAUUUAACAGCAAGUAACAUAGCCUACAAUCAUCACUUACUAAAACAUCAAUCACAUGUGUUGGAAUUACAGAAGAAGAAAUUGAUGAAGACGCUUGAUAAAGAGCCUUUUCUACAAACAAAGCACACCAUGCUUGAUUCUUCGCAGCAAAUUGAUGUGUUUAUGCCCCAUGUGAGUAACAUCAGUGGAACACCCAGCUCGUAUGUCAGUACUUUGGAAGGAAAUAUGUCAUCUCAAUCUGUCAAUACUUCGCAAUCACCUGUCUCUUCAACGACCACGCGUUUCACGACGUCACUGGAAGAACAGCAGUUGAACAGCGAAAAACAAACACCUCUUCGACAACAUGUUAGUGUUUCUCCACAUUCCAUGCAAUCCCUAAAAGAAAGAGAUAUCCAGUUUGCAGAAAUAAGUAAGAAGAAUGAGAAUGUAUUACCUGAAUCUUUCAGAGAAGAAGAAACACAAACAGAGAGAGGAAACGAGUGUAACGCAGAGACGCAAACAUCCCUCGUUGAGAAUUACAUAAACAAUACUGAACAGAUUGAAGAGCUAGCUAGGGAAAAGCAAGAAGUUAAAAUUCUCCAACUGAAAAAAGAUAAAGAAAAAAAGAAAUAUGAUGUUGAAAAAAUUGCACAGAAAAAGAAGCAGUUAAUGGCGCAGUAUCCAAAUUUAUUCACCUCUGUGACAAAGGGAUCACCAGUUACGUUGGAGCGUAUACAGAAUCACAGAAAACAACUACAAAAGCAGCGACAAAUGCUUGAACAGAGACGAGCCCAUCACUCAAAUACGUCUCGUACAAGUUCAAGUAAUACUGAGGAAGGGUUGUUUGUUACUGAAAAACCUGGAGACGUGGAUGUUGAUGCUACUGAAGUUACCAUUUUAGAAACUCGUGCUGGUAUGGGUGAAAAGCAUGCUAAAAGUUUGUUACCCUUUGACAAUGAAAGUCUAAAAGAACAGGAUGUCCCUAAAAGAAGAAAUCCAUUACGCAGACUUGACCCUUUGACCACCGAUUCUACUCCAUUCAUACCUACGUUAUCGGAACUUGAGUUAAGUAGAAAUCGCAUAGAGGCUAACCAACCACCUGCUGGACGCGAAUAUGAUCAGAAUGAAAUUGACAAUGCUAGUUUGGCUUUCCCAGCCUCGUUUCCACACAAACGUCUGCAAACAAACAUCCCUAAUCUAUCAGAUUUGGAUCUCACAGAGAUAAGUUACUCGAGCGAGUCGAAUGAUUAUUUACUGCCUAGUGUAAGGACUGUUCUUGAGGAGUUAAAAAAACUAAAGACUAGUAUAAAUGAGACGACUUCUGAUGAAGACAUUUCUUCACGAAAACAGCACCAAAACAAACAGUUUGGAAUGUUUAUCGAUCGAGAUGAAAACGCUGAUGCAGCAGAUUUUACAAGUUCAAUGUCUAUACCAAGCUAUUCCUCCAGUAUGAAAAUGUAUGAGUUGCCUCGUUAUGAAGCCUCUCCGGUACGACAAUUCGAUUCUCCCGCUGAAGAUGUCUCUGAGAGUACCAGUCAUGUUAGAAAUUUAAAAGAUCAUUGGGACGUGUCAUCGUUUUAUGGGGAAGGCGCUGCUAGGCCAUUUAGGGUGUCUGCCAAUCCUCAAGUAUCCCCUAUCCGCGAAGUAGAAGAGCUCACGCCACAGCGAUUGACUGGCCUCUCAACAUUGGAGGUGCAAUCACUUUCUGGCUCCAGUUUACCCAUACAAACACGCACUCCUUCGUUUAAUUACGACGAAGAGGGUUUGUCUAUAGCGCGCUUUCCAAGCCAAUCAGAAAACCAAACCCAUGAAAGUCUCACAAGCGAUGCUCUUUCUCAACGUGAUGUUCCAACCCACGGUGCAAAUUCUGAAAAUGUCCUCACCCACGGUGUAAAAUCUAAAGAUGUUCUUACCCACGGUAUAAAUUCUAAAGAUGCUCACACCCACGCCGUAGCUUCCGAAGAUGUUCUCACAAACGGUGCAAAUUUCGAAGAUGUUCUCACCCACGGUGUACCUUCCGAAGAUGUUCUCACCCACGGUGUAAAUUCCGAGGAUGUGACAAAGUUUUAUCCCCUACGAGAACUAAAAGCGAGCAUGACUGACGCCACUGUCAGUAGACAUUCACAGAGUAUUCCUCGACAACGCUCCUUCUCUAACGACGUGCACAUUGCAAAGGAAACAGAAAGAGCAGAUGAUGUUGAUAUGCAAGGUUCAUCUCUAGUUGAACAGUAUCCAUCCUCAGACGAUUCUCCAUUGUUUCUACCAAAACCUGAAAGGCAUGCAAAACUAGCCAACAAGAAAAGCCCUAUAGUUAACCAUUUUGCUAGUACCUCGUUAUCGUUGAUCAAUACCCAAUCGAAUUCUCCUUUCUAUUCAUUGGAUCGAUACAGCUCUAGUUUAAACGGUAUUUUGUCCAACAGUGUUCAUAAUGAGGCGCCAAUUGAAUCAGAACUUAAUAGAGCAAACAACGAAAGAAGCGAACCAAAUAACAGCACGUCUGCGCCCACGAGCGCUCUUAAUAAUAAUACAAGGCCAACAGAAAGUAGAUCCAAAAAUAGUACGACUGAGUUCACUACCUCGCAUGUCCGCCAGUUGGCACAGGAUAACCAAACUCAAAACGUCAGUCAACCAUUCUUGCUGCAACCCUUUGGAAUAUCAAGUUCGUCAACUUUAGAUUCAAUUGCAAGUAGCGGUAAAUACAGGGAGCUCUUAGAACGAGUAAAAAAACUUCCUUUUGUCCACAUGGAAGAGCAACAAACUUUGAUAGAGUCCUUCUCAAGAGAACAGAGCUCGUUAUCUGAAUCAGUGGAUCUAUCUUCACAUAGCAUAACGUCGGAAUUUGGAGAUGUUCGAAUUGGACAACCUGUCAUCAUUAGUAACGAAUCUGGCGAGAAUAACGACCGCAGUGCAAGACAUUCGAAUAGUCAUGCUGAAAGUGAUUUUAAAAGUAGUUUAAGGCAACAGAAUCUUUUGGAAUCUUCAAAUAAUUCUGAGGUUGAAUAUGAUACACGUCAAAAGGAAGAAAACCGCUACUCCUCUACCUCAAACUUAAGCGAACAGAUUCUAAACACAAAUCCUACCAGCUACUUCAAUGUAGUGACUGAGUUAAGAAAUGACCUAUCAACGUCAUCACAAAGUGAAGUCAGCUUUAAAGGUUUUGGCGAGCCUACAGAAAUGCAAAAUCAUACAGAACUCGAAACUUUGGAUCUUUCUCAGCACUUGCUUCAGACCACUUCAGCAUCACCAGGAGAAGAAAAUUCUUUUUUUGGUGAGGAAGAAGUCAAUGGUGCACACAUCACAAAUGAAGCUAAUCCACACAGCGUAUCAUCGGAUUCAUGUGGAGGUUAUGACAAAAACAAAGCCCAAUCUGAGAAAGGAAAUAAAUUUUUAAUGUCUUAUUUUGAAGACAUUACCUUACCCGAUUUUUCCUUGAGAAAAUUUAGUGGGUCAGGCAGUGAAAAGUUUUCUUUAAUGAGUUUAACACAAGAAAGUUUUCUUGGUUUACCGUUGUCUGAUGUGAGAGCUUCGAUUCGAAAUGCUGUGAUACCUGAAGAGCCCAUGAAAGCUUCAGUAGAGUCUACUCAAGACGUCGAAUACGUAGGCAACCGAAGUGACAGUGAUGAGGAACAGGAAGAAACGAGACAACGAGCUAAACUAAAUGAUGUGAAUGUAGAAAAAGAUGUUUCAUCUGAAGCUCUGUCUUUGACUGAAGUAAACCACCUGACCAGAAACUCAAGAAUGCAAGGUACAAAGACACAUAGUAACAGUUUGCAUGCUUUGAUUGACAUGCAAACUUCGCAUGCUUCCGGUAACACGCAAACCUCCAGUAAGAUGUCAACAUCCCAAGCUUUCGGUAACAUGCAAAUUUCGCCAACUUCUAGUAACAUGAAAAGUUCGAAAGCUUCCAGUAAUAUGCAGUCGUCCGGAAACAUGCUCACUUCGCAAGGUUCCGGUAACUUGCAAGGUUCUAAAACGUCUAGUGGCACGCAAAGUUUAUUAAAGUCAGACCAAACACUGACAGAGCUGUUGCAACUGGUUGAAACCUCAACUUCGCCAUCUUCAACUUCUUCGUUGAUUGAGAAAAGCACGAUAGAUCUGAUAAAUGAAUUGAUAUCUUCAAGAAGUCCUUUAAGCGACACGGCGUCAAGUGAGUUGUUUACUGUUGGGAAGUUAAAACUGAGAGACGAAUCGAAUAAAAAUGAUGAAGGCGGGAAUCUUAGUAAGAUUCAUACUGAUAUCAGUUUGUUGUCCGACUUGGAGCUGUCAUCAAUGUCAGAACAUAGUGUCAACUGGUCAACGUUACUUCCUUACUCCAAAGCAUCAUCGUCAGAUUUGUCAAAUGUUAGUCAACACAACGAACAUAGUAGUGACAGGGAUAAUAACAUAGCAGGAUCUUCUAAGCGUGAUGAUUUAUCCUUGCAAGAAGCAUUUGCGAAGCGAAAGCAGCAGUUUAUUAAGAAGUCAUCCGCAAGAUUGGAGUCAGUGAACACACGAGCUGCUGAAAAGGACAAGCAGUUUGAAAGACAAAAAGAUUUUUUGAAGAAGAAAGAAAAGAGGAAAGUAGACAGUAAAGAAGAUGCAGUACCCAAAACAGAGAGCACUGCAGUUGUGCCCGAUGACAAACUUGACAAAGAAAAACUAAAGGAAAAGCGAAUCGAGGAUCGGCAUCGCACCAAAAGGUUAUAUGAACGACUGCCAGAAGUGCAGAAGCAAACUGCUGAACGAGAGAAAAAGGAAGCAAUGAAAAGAAAUAAAGAAAAAGUCCAACGAUUUCACGAGAAACUACAAGAGAAACGAAAACGGCAACUUCAGAAGAAAAGUGAGAAGUGAAGAAAAAAGAGGUUUUAAAUUAAAUUUGUAAAUUAUAAUUUUAUAAAAAAUUUAAUAAUUUUUAAGUUAUAUUUUAUAUAAAAAUGUUUUUUAAAUUUUAUCACCCAUUCGUUAAUGAAAAAACAGAUAUUUCAUCGGUGAUUAUAAAA